GGCAUAAGCACGGAGAUGUCCGAGAGGAAUGACAGCGCGUCGUAUUGUUUACAAGACCAACUGAAUAAUAAAAACGGAAAUAAAUCCACGUUUGCCGAUGUAUUACGUACUGAGGGAGAAUGGAAAGUUCAUAAACCUAGUAGGGAGUGGGAGCAGAAACAAAGAGACAGACUUGCAAAUAGAUUUGUAGGGCUAAAAGGCACGGCAAGAAUCAACCAGAGUAACGGACAGCCAGGGCAAAACGACGGCCGCAGCAGCGGGUCGUCGGGUGGAACAAGCACGUCAGGGACGCUCAUGCAGAAGACGAAGUGGCACACCUCAACGGACCAGCUGCAAGUUGGGACUAUGGUCUUACUCAAGGACCGCGCACUUUCUCCUCUCCCCUGGCUGCUGGGACGCCUCACGAAGCUGUACCCGGGCACGGACAACGUCACCAGAGUCGCCGAGAUACGCACGAAGAAAGGAGUCAUCCGUAGGGCGUAUAACAACUUGUGCCCCCUCCCUAUUACUUAAUUUAAUUUCGUAACUUCCAUAUUUUUCUUUGUUUUUUUUUGUUGAGUAAGUAUCUUAACGCCCGGGAGUAUGUUGCGAACGCAACCUUUUAUUUGUAUAAAAUCUUAAUACAUUCUUAAUGCAGUAGCUAAACGCAGCCGUCGGGCUCGGCUAGUAUUUGGAAGUAUCACGGCCAAUUAGAGGCAAGGUUUACUCGGGUAAUUCCGAAUGUCGAAAACUGUCGGAUAAUUCCGAAAAGAGACUUUUAUUAUGAUGGAAUUAAGGGUGAUUUUCAUCUGAAUUUCGGAAUUAUCCGACAUUCGGUAUUACCCGAAUACACCUCACCAACGUUUACCACGUUUUGUAUUUGUACUGAUCAAAUAUUGCAAAUCAAACAUCAAACAUCAAACAUCAAACAUCAAACAUCAAACAUCAAACAUCAAACAUCAACAUUUAUUCAGCAAAUAGGCCACAAGGGCACUUUUACACGUCAUCAUUGAAUUUCACUCUGAAAAUCACUCUCUCAUCAGCCUCCAUACAAUAACCACACCACUCCUACAUCUACAUUUAACCGUUUAGUCAAGAA